GCACCUCAAGCUGAGUACUCUGCUUCGCGAAAAUAGUGUGUUAGGAAUUCCAACGUCAACCGCUAAAAGUUGCUGUUUCCCCACGUGGCGGACCCUGCAUACACAACUCCAGGCCGCCCCACCGAGGGGCACGUAGGUAGCUCUGACGUUCGAAAGCUAUCGAGCGCAGCUACAACAUCACCAAAAAAAGUCUACUUUCAAUUUAUCAAGCUCCAAUCGCAAACUGUUAGAACAAACCGAUCGAUAUCCAAGAUGGCCGGCGUCAACCUCCAAGAAGUCCACGACUUCAUGAUCUCUAUCGCCAAACAAGCUGGCGAACGCAUCGUCUCCGCAAAACCCACAACUCAAGGCUCAGGGUCGAAGAAGAACUCGGUCGAUCUCGUCACCGAGACUGAUCGCGCCGUCGAGAACCUCAUUUCGACAUCCCUCCGCGAGAAGUACCCAGACUACGAAUUCAUGGGCGAAGAAACAUACAAGCCCGGCGACAAACUUAACGCAGCACCGACAUUCAUCUGUGACCCCAUCGACGGAACGACGAACUUUGUGCACCGAUACCCUUAUGUUAGCAUUUCACUCGGUCUAGCGAUAGAGCGUGAGCCUACUGUAGGAAUCGUGUACAACCCAUUCACACAAACUUUGUACUCUGCCAUAAAAGGACAAGGCGCGUAUCUGAAUCAAACGACCAAAUUACCACUAUCACCACCAACGCCGCUGGAGACACUGAAUACCUGUUUGGUUGCUGUGGAGUGGGGCAGCGACCGGAGCGGGAAUGACUUCAAGGUCAAGAGUGAGACUUUCAAGAAGCUGGCAGCCACAAAGGAAAAUGGGGGUGGCAUGGUACAUGGGUUGAGAUCAUUUGGCUCGGCGGCGCUGAAUCUGUGUGGGGUUGCGAGUGGAGGUUUGGACAUCUACUGGGAAGCGGGAUGCUGGGCAUGGGAUGUUUGUGCUGGGUGGGUUAUCUUGAAGGAAGCCGGCGGCAUGGUGGUUGAUGCAAACCCGGGAAACUGGAAUCCAGAGGUUGAGGGGCAGAGGUAUCUUGCUGUACGAGGGGGUGAAGGACAAAAGGAAAUUAUUGAGGAGUUCUGGAGCUUGGUUGAUGGUGCCUUUGAGGUGGGUACGUAGAGGAUGGAUACUCCCGUGAGAAGAGUGGUAAACAUGGUCAAGUUGGACAUCAUAUCACAUCAGCAUCAGCGCAGUAAUUAGCGGCGGCCAAAGGUUUUCUCAUUAUUGCCACCACUAAGAUAUCCUCCACAGUCAGUCAGAACCUUUCGAGCGGUCUCGAUCAAUCUGUCACCGCAUCGAACACGUCUCCACCAGAGAGUGGUGUUCUCCAGCACGAUGUCUUCCUGAUCCACGCAGCACCAUGUUUCCAAAAACGAAUGUCCC